CUUGAUUAUUAAUUAUUUCUAAAUACGGCAACAAUAAUUUGGGGUAGCCUUUUUUAGCGUCUUCCUAGCAUAGCUAGGCACACUUGCUGUUUUAGGAUUCAAAUGGUUAUGGCUUUAUUACUAAUAGAUUAUGUCAGCACAGUAUCAUUCAGGUCAUCAAGACUGAGUGUACAGACACAUGCUUUUCAUGUUAAACAUCUAGAGUUGCAUUAUGCUAUUUGCAUGCACAUCGAGUGAGUAGAAUUCCUGUCAUUGUUAAGAUACAGACUGUAUUUAGCAUAGAUCCAUUUAAUGAUUCAUCACAAGUAACAGGAAUCAAUUUAUGCUUUGUCCAAAGCCAGUAUACAACACUGCAGUGCAGAGAGUGCAUUUGUUUACUGCAGACUUGGAACUGUAGCAAAAUGGAGAAAUCCAGAAGCAGUUCAAAAUCUCUGAAGAUUCAUGAAACUCGACAGCUACCUAGGCAUCAGAUGCAUGCAACUGGGCAAUCUGUUGCUCCUCAGUCUGCCAUACAUCAGUUUCAGGAUAGAAGUCAUGAGGAUCUGGAUCAAGUUGGGUAUACCUGGCAUCAAAGAAGAAGGUUAAAAGAAUUCCGAAUCAGAUAUCUAGCAAGGAAAUUCUUUGAUCUGUGGGCAAAAAAGACAUUUGGACAAGUUGUCCCUUCCAAAGCCAGAUGCUUUUAUGACCAGAAGGUUCUUCAAAAAACUUUUGGAGAGUGGAAGGAGUCGUGGACUGUUUGCAGAGAAAGGGAGCUCAGCCUCGGAGCAGACAGCCGUUACAGGCAUUCGCUCCAUAAUUUGAUAUUCAAGGCUUGGAGAGCCUAUGUAUGUCAGCAACAAGGAAAGAGGAACAAAUACUAUGUUGCAGAGUCCCAUGCAAAGAAGCAAAGAUUGCUCAGGACCUGGCAGCACUGGCUGGUUUAUGUUGAUGUUAAAAGGACGAAACGUGUGAUGCACUCUGUGGCACUGGCAUUCAGGGAAAGAAGCUGUUUGCGCAUAUCGUGGGCAGUGUGGAAAAGACAACACUACCAGAUCUGUACUGGACAUAAAAUGAAUAUUUUGGCUCUGCAGCAUUGGGCCCAGAGCCUGCAAUCUCGAGCUUGGUUGCAGUGGCGAGAGCUGUAUUUAUACAGCCAGAACGACAAGCAGAAGGAGACUAGGGCAGUAACUCACCAUCAGCACUGGGUGUUGAAGAGAUGCAUGGAAGCAUGGCUGGGAUAUUUAAACCUCCACAGAGCAAAGAAACUUCAGAAUGAGCUGGCCCAAGAGCAUCACCAAAGCAGAUUAGUCCAGCAAUAUUUCUCUGAUUGGCGGCUGUCAUGGAAGUGCAGGAGAAGAAUGCAUGCUCACAGAAAGGAUAUUGAAGAACUAGCAACAAGGAUUGCCUUAUGGAGAGUCUUUGCACACUGGAAGCAUUAUGUUGUACUGUGUGUGGAAGAGACUCGACAGUGUGGGCUGGCUGAAAAACACUACAAGUAUCAUCUGUUGAAACUUGGGUUUAAAGGCCUCUGUCAGAAUGUCAUGAACACUCGUCUUCAGCAAAUGAGAAAAAAUUUGGCAUACCGUCAGCAUCAAGUUACAGUGAUGCAGAAGUUCUGGAACUGUUGGAAGUCCCGUUUGGAAGAGAAGGAGGAAGAACAGCAGCAGGCCUUAACAUUAAUGGCUCAUGCCCAUUAUAGGAGGGUGUUGAUGAGACAGGUAUUUGAUGUGUGGUUGCUGCAUGCCUGGAAGCAGCAAGAAUACAGAAUGGAAGAAAAGAGGGCUGUACUUCAUUUUGAAAGGCAACUAUUGAGUUGCUUCUGGUGCUUCUGGCGUAGAAGAACAGCUGCACGUUUGGAGGAGCAAGAGGGCUUGGUUCGUGCAAGAGAUCACUACAGUAACCUGCUCCUGCUAAAGACUUUCUGUCUGUGGAAGCAAAAGACUCAGGAGAGAAAAACAGAGAGGCUCAAGGAGAUGCAAGCCUUAAGAUUUCACUGUUCAAAGUGUCUGCAGUGGACUUGGAACAAGUGGAGAGAGGUGAGACAUCAGCGUGAGAAAUGGAGGAAGCUGGUGCAAGCAGACAUGCACUAUCGGCACACAUUACUGGGCAAGACCUUGGCAGCCUGGAAGAGUUACCAACUUAACGUACAGUGCAUUCUAUACCAAGUAGCUGAAAAGGAGAAACAGCGCACCAGACUACUGCUGCGACAGCUUCUGUGUACAUGGAGAGAAAAUGCCCUUGCUCUUAUACAUGAAGAUGAGGCAGCUAUUCGGGCAGAUGAGCAUUACAGGAGAGCAAUCCUGUCAAAGGUGUUGCUGCAGUGGAGCCACGCUGCCAAACUACGAGUGUAUUGCCGUAAGCAGAAGGUGACAGCUGUGAUGGAGGCCAGAAAAUAUUUGGAUAUAGUACGUUUACAGACCCUGUUUCUUCACUGGAAGGAAUUAACUAGGGAGUCUCUGAUGCUGAGGGCUCAGCAGCACAGGGCAGUACAGCACCAUCAGCAGCACCUACUCCAGAAGUACCUGGUGAAAUGGAAGAAAUAUCAUCAGCGAUGCCUUGGGAAAACGCUACUACAGAGACAGGCAGAUCAGCUAAUGACUCAUAGACUUUGCUCUGCUUCCUUCUCUUGCUGGAAGACACGGCUGGUGCAGCAAUGGUGGGAAAAGCAGAAGACAGUGCAAGCCUUGUGGCACUGGUCUAAUUCAUUGCAGAGAAAGGUAUUUGAUGCUUGGCUCAGAUUUGCCAAAGGGCAACAGCAGAAGAAAGAUCUCACUGAAAAAGCCACAGGAGUUUACCACACUGCUCUUCUGAGAGAAGGUGUAACCCGGGUCUCGAGAUACGCUGCUGGCAUGAAACAGUUGCAGGGACAGCUCCAAGCCCAGCACCAGCUGAAGGCAGCCUACAACCUUCACCAGUCAGUGUAUCGUUGUGCCAUGCUGUGGAAGCAGAAGGCUCUUUCCAAGAAAUUUAAUAAGCCUUGUUCUUUUCUGCCACUUCUGAAGAAACAAGUGACAUCUAGAAGACCUGGUGUUAGCCCUGAGACAAGAGGACAUUCAGCAGAGGAAGAGCCACAGCCUUCAAAAUGCAGUCAUCUACCAUUUCACCUUGCUGAUGGGGACUCAAUUCUCAGUGAUCUAAGUGCUAUUCGACGAGCAAGGUUACCACCAUGGAGGCCUGACUUCCUUCUGGAAUCUAAUUUAGAGAGCAAGGAACUGCUGGGACCUCCUUUUACUAGAUCAGAGGUACCCUUUCAGCAACCAGCUGUGAACAGAUGUUCUGCGCAGACUGGGAACUUAAUGCUAACGCCUCAAAUGGAAGGAAGUGCCUGUAAAUGUCUAUCUCAAAUGGGCAACGCCACUCAUUUCUGUCCACCUCCCACACGUGCCGCUGUCCCGUCUGUACCACUGUGGACUCAGGAUGUGUGCUGUGCUGCUCAGAGGCCAGAGCUAUGCUCUCCUUCAGCUUUCAUGUCUCAGGUAAAAGCUGGAGCAGAAAUGAGAGAUCAGCCUGUUAGUUCUCACAAAGGAGCCUGUUCCCAAGACACUCAGCAGGACUCUGUGAAGUUGCGACCAAACUUGCAGCCACAUCUGCUGUCACCUGAAGAUCUGGUGGGAAAAUGGAGUCACCAAACUGCAGCUGAAGGGGAAGAAGGGGAGCACAGGUCCAGAGAACUGGUGUUCCAAAGCAAGCUGGAAGUUGAACUCCAACACAUCCAACAGCAGAUGCAGUACUACUUCAGCAGGAAGCAGGAACUCAGGUCCUGUCAACAGCAGGCACAGAUUCUACAGAAGUGGCUAGAAAUGAGCACACAACCAGGGGACCAAGACGGUGUACAAGCAGUUCAGGAAGAACUGGAUCAGUUGCAGGUGAGGAUCAACACUCUUACCAAAGCACAGCUAAAAGAGAGACAUCAUGUGCAGAAGCUGGUUGCCCGCCUGCGUGAUAUCCAGAUUGCUCUGGAUAUGUAAUACAUCUGUGCCAGUAUUCCAGCACCUGGGUAGGACUUUUUGCUCCUUUCACAGCAGGGAAGGAUGGAAGAGAUGUAUACAAUUCCUUACUCUAUGUAUGUGGCACUUUUAUAAAUUAAAAUAUUUUUGCCUUUUUGUUAUUAGAGCUGGUUAAAAAAAAAACAGGAGCUAAACACACCUCAUGCUGCACUCAAAAUACCUAGUUUAGGUUACUCUGACAUUUCAGAAAAAUAAGCAACACUGAUAAGACUCUUUAUUUCAAAGUGUUUGCAAUUAAAUGAGUUCAUGUCAGUAAGUCAUACACUUGACAUACAAAAAUACUGUGCUACUGAUACAGUUGAAUUAAAUGGAUUCUCCAUGCAGGAGAAAUUCACAGCAUUAUCAGUACCCUCUAGGAACUUUGCUUUCACUUCCAGGGCUCAUUGCUGACAACUGCAUAACAAGUGAUAUUUGUUAAUCAGCUAGCUCUGCACAGUAUUAAGACCAUCAUGAAAAGAGCCAUUUGCAUGCUGAAUCCUCUCUUUCUUAGAUUUCUAAUAAAGCAAACAUCAGGUAAUCCCAUCCUCUGUUACUAGGCUAACAGUAACCUUCAGAUAGUGUGGAUGAUGAUGCUGAGUAGGAAGAAAUUAAAGCUUAAAGUUGCUUUGGCUGUGUCCAGAUGCCAUGGGCCAUAGUGGAAUAGGGGGAAAAUAUUUCAUUUGUCUCUUCCCUCAUCCACUGGAACAGAUUUGCUUUCUACUGUUCAUGUGACACUGAAGUGUAGUCAGGCAGCUAGUCCUAGCUUUAUCCUCUUGGGGUUGAUGUUUGCCUUAAGUCAGUUCUCACUCUUAAUGGUUUAAAAAAGUGCACAUUUCUAGAACCUGUGUAAGUUAAUAUACUGCUGCAGGAGUAAACUUGCUAAUGCCAAGAAGUUUAACAAGAUAGGUGGCUGAGAGCCACUUCAAGCUUUCAAACUCCUCCCUCUGUAAAGUGAGGAAACAUUGACUCUCGGAGCCAAAUGAAUUUUCUCCUGCUUGUCACCCAAACAGCCACCAGUAUCUGAGUCAUGGCUGGGCUACAUCACUUGGGAAGCAGUUGAUCAUCCCUUCUUUCCUGAUGACAAGCUAAGCAUACAGGACUUGGCAAACUGGACAUUUGUACAACAAAAUUAUAUUCUAUUUUCUGCAGUGCAUACAAAGAAGAUAGGUAUUAUUUUCUUUAGGAAAUCAGAGCUGGUCAAAGCCUAUCAUCUCCUUGAAGUAGCAGAAAAGUAGCUCAAGCAAGAAACUAAUGAGAAAUCUUUCAGAGCAGAAAGGCAAGUUUCAUAAGCAUGUCCACUCCAACAAGCUCUGGCUAGUAAAGUCAGUUCUAAAUGAGUGCCUGGACUUGAAACAGUUUAUUCUCUAAAAACGAAUUAAACAUCAUUUUAAAAUUCAAUUCCCCCACUUUGGCACCAGUUUCUGCCAGUGCCAUAUUCAAUGGAUCCAAGGUGUUAGAUUUUAACACUUCUUGACAAAGAGGCUCUAAAGUUUUGCUUAGGAUGAAGCUUUAGCAUAGAGCUUUCAGCCCCCAGCACAUUCCUAGAGUUAAGUAUGAGGGCAGAAGUCAGAGCCAGUGUGGGUUUUUUAUAUUUUGAGUAAGAUAAGAGUUGUCAGUUCAUUAUAGGAGGGCCACACUGGCACCUGGGAGGCAACUUGGGACUGCUUCAAAGAGCUGUAUUUUUAUACACAGUCAGUACAUAAUAGGACAUCUCACUCUGUGCCAUAAAAAUUGGUCCUCAAGUAUCUGAAACUGUUUUGUAAAUAGAGAGAUUACUUCUUCUUUAGUUACAAAGCAACAAUGAAGAUACAUAGCAGAAAGUAAAAACAUAUUUUGGCUGCCAUCUCAUUGCAUCACACAAGAAAAACAUCCUCUACCUUUUCCAACACCUUAAUCCAAAGGUGAAGUAACUGUCUCUCAUACAGACAAAAUCUUUAAGGCCUGGAGUAGCAAAAUAAAACCAUAGAUUAGGACACAGAGCUUUUCUUUUCUUUUCCUUUUUUUUUUUUUUU